CCUUGCUGGUGGCCAUGCCUCUCCACCUCCCGCUCCCUGCCCUCAGGAGGCCAGGUCCCGAUCCCCUGCCUCGCGGGGGCUGGUGGGUUCUGUGAAGGAAUCUCGCUGCCGUGACUCGCGCUGACCUCACACUGGUGGCUCUGUGCCAUCACUGGGCAUUCUGGGGGGAGCAGAGCUCCCUCCUCAGACCCCGCUAGUGAGGCCCUGCGGGCCUGGAAGGUUUCCUUUCGUCCCUCUGGCCAGCUGGCUGUUGCAGUGAUGGACUCCUGGGGAUCUCUGGUGCUUCUGCUGCAGCUCUCGCUGGGCUGCCUGCCUCUCUUGUGCUUGCCUCAGGCAGACGGGGUCCCUGACAAUGGAAGCACCACCGACCUGACAGCCCAAACAGAGAGACCUGCUGAGCCCACCCACCAGCUCACUGUCUCCGGGAGGACUACAGAUAAUGUAAAGAAGAGCAAAACAUCUGAGUUCACAAAGACCAGCCAUGGCUUUAUAGCACAGACCAUAACCCUGAAAUCGGACUCUUGGAACAGAGCAAUGAUUCCGCACCGACCUGCUCUUGUUCAAGUGAUUCUAAUCGCGUGUGUAGCCUUCAGCAUUGCUCUGGUAUGUGGGAUCAUGGUCUCCUAUAUGAUACAUAGGCUGGUAAAGGCUGAGGAGAAGCAGCAGCUUGCCAUGCUUUAUGAAAACAUUGAGAUACCAUAUGAGGAAGUUUCUGAGGAUGAGUCCACCAACCUGCUUCCAGAGAACGAGAAGGAGCUGGGGAAGUUCAUCCGUUCAGUUAUCAGAUUGAAAAGGAGGGAAAAUAUUGAAAAGAAGAAAUUGAGGGAAGAGCAAAAGUUAAUGAAAGAAAAGAUAAAGGAUGCCAUGUAUGGUGCAAAAAUGGAGAAUCUGUGAAAGCACAUGGGAGAGGCAGGGUGCGCUCACCAGGCUGACAAGACCACAUGGCAGCGGUGGCUGAGGACGCAGCAGGACCUGCUCUGAGGGCCCGGAGAAGAGCACUCCAGGGAAAACAGCAUAGGAAGUAUGUAACAGAAAAUAAAUUCCUAUGAUCAGCAA